UGCCUGUUAUCUUGAUCUGAAACUCCCUAUGCUAUGUGGUGGCAGCCAUUUUAAUUUGGUCACUGUCUUUCUCAGUGAGACGCCAACCAGUCCUCCAAAAAAAAAAAAAAAAAACACAUCCCGAGAACAGGCAUUGGAACCCAGUUUCCCCUUUCUCAGCACCGCUGUCUUUGGCAUUGUGUGUCGCUGUUUUGAAGACAGAGCGAACCUGAUGGUACGUCGUCUCUGUGUUUUAUAAUACUGUACUGUUUGUGGAGCUUGGAUUCACCACCCUUAUUGAAGGGCUGAACUUGAAGACUGUUUUGAGGAUUUUCUGUUGCUCGUUCAUUGACUAAUGCCAUGAAUUGUGAAGAAGAGAGUGCAGAGAAGAAGGCAGUCCAUUCCUGGUCCAGAAUCUCCUCGGCUGGACAAACUGCAUUAGUGGAAGCCUUGAGAGUGUUCAGCCCUAUGUCAAAGGACCUUCUUGACACUGAGACACAACUGGUAUCUUUCCUUGAGAGUCUUAAGGAAGAAGGGCACAAGGCCACUGUGCUGAGAAGCAAGGACGUUUAUGGGUACGAAUCCUGUAUGGCAGAAACUCCAUCGGUGGAAAUGGCUUUGAAAUCUGCGGGCACAUUUUCUAAAGUCAAAGUGGUAAAGAAACGAUCUGGAAAAGCUGCAUCCAAGAAAAAGGAAAUCAAAUAUACUUUAAGUGCUGCUUCUCAAAUAAUCUUCAAAAGACAACCAAAAAUCCUGUUGAGAAAUCUUUCGCAGGAUACGCUAAGGCACACAAUGGCAGUCCUAUCAAAACCUUCAUCCUCCACUGCACUCUUGGGGAACAGUAAUGGAAAGCAGCCAUGCUUGACAUUAACAAAACUAACUGCACCUUCAGGGAGUCCAACUGCCAGGCUACAGAUCCAUUCAGACUUUAGGUCCCUUGGAAUUUCUAUGUCAAAUUCUCUCAGAACGCCAAAACUAUCAAUAACUCAGGUGCAGCCAUUGGAGAACGCAAGUAAAAUGACGAAAGGAGUUUCUUCCUGUCCAGUAAAAAUGUCUGUGUCACUAAUUGGUGGCCCUGCACCCAUGUGCCAAAAUGGCAGAGUUUUGAGAGAAAGCAACAAUUGCAAAACCUCUUCCAUUAGGAUCAGCAGAACCACCGGUGUGGAACCUGACAAGCUGUCUACGGACUGGACCGGAGUAGCUUCCAUGAAAGUGUUGAACAUCCAACAAGAGGUUUGUGUGAGGAAACGGAAAAGGCUAGGAGAAACUGAGGAGCUGCAACCGAGGAAAAAAACCUCUGCAAAUUUAACCCUGGCUGAUGAGGGUCCGGAGGAAUCUGAGAUAAGGGAGAAUUACCUAAGGUCAAAGGUUAUCAAGGUGGACGAUACUACUUCCGACGAAGAAGUGAGACGGAAAGCCCAAAAGAUCCUAAGAGUGAAUCUUUCACCGGUGAUAGAAAUAAGACCUCUGUUGGCUUAUCCUAGUCUCUGAAAUCUGUUUAAUAGAAACCUUUUGCAUGUAAAAGAUUCUGGCAGUCAAGGUUUUUACAAAUGGCGUUGGAUAAAAAUUGGUUGUAUGGCUUUGUGUUUUUAAGGAAGGUUUUCUGGUGUAGAUUUGCUAAUCUGAUAGUAUUUAUUCCUGAGGGUUAAGGCUGUGUAAACCUAUUGAAAUGCUACAGCAGAUUCAGAACAAUGAGAAAUAGGGGCGCAUUUUAUCCAGCAAUUGUUUUGUAUCCAAACAUACCCCCCCCCCCCCCCCCCCCCCCCACCUGAGUGGAAUGGGGGAUUGUUCUGGAUAUCUUUGUUUUGUUUUUGUACAUGCCUCUUAAAUAUGGUGCAAUGUAAACAUAUGUACAACUGUUACGGAAACAAAUUGUAAUAAUACUGCACUGUGAUAUUUUUGGUAUUUUUAGUUUUUUUAUUUUAUGAUUAUUUAAUUUACAUUGUCAAGAAAAAAAAAUAAAUAUAUAGAUAAGCCAUGUCAUUAUUUUUUACUAUGCAGUAUAAAAGUGUUGUCUAUUAAUGGGGAGCAAUUUAUUUGUGUGUUUUCAGGAUGACCUUUCUAAUGUAAUAACAAACUAAAACCCUGCUAUGUAUUUGCAAUGUAGGCAUAAUCUGUUAAGGUGCCAUUCACUCUGGUGUAAAUCCACAGUGACCAUCAGUUAACCUGUGCCUGAAACAUUGUGGUUUGCACAAGGCUGUGCUAUCUCUGGCCUGUGCUUUUAUCCAUUGCCUAUAAGUGGGAGGGCAGGUGGAGAAAAUACUGUAAAUCAGGUUUGAUGUCUUCUUGGAAAUACCCUAGUCGCAGAGAUUAACAUUUAUUUAUUUUGCAUCUUUUAUAUAAAUAAAUAAAUACAAUUAAAUAGUGUACAUUUAAACAUAUUAAUUUGAAAAUUUGGUUAAAUGUGCUCCAUGUUAAAUAAUAAUAAUCUUGUUGACAGCUGGAUAUAUAGCCUUAUUUAAUUUCAUUCUAAAAUAAAUAUUUAUGCACUUUUUUCCUUCCCAUUGAAAACUGUUUAUUAAUCUCACUGUGGUGAGGCAAGAUAUGAUUACAGACUGUUGCUUUAUUAGUUUUUGGCCAAAACUGUUGCCAUGUAUGGAGCACCGAUUUGAAAUUCUGUACCCAAAGCAAGAGACAAGAAGAAAAGCUUUGCUGAGACUUGGGUGUUAUUUUCCUGGCUAGGUGUUUUUUUUGUGAAAUAAAUCUUCCUGCAGAAAAAAGGCAUUUACUGUACAAACCACAAAAACAAUACCUGCAGCUAACUGUUAUAUAAAACUUUACUUUUAAAUAUCCAAAGACCACUAAAUUAUUUCUCUUGAUGGGAGGGGGAGGGGGAGGGGGAGGGGUGCAUUUUUCACUUAAGUAUAUUUUCCACUUUUUAUUUAUAUUUUCAAAUGAAAGAUGGUGAGUAUUACAAAAACAAAUAUUUUUUCAACACAGUCAAGUCCGUCCUUAUUUCUAGUUGCUGAAAAAGAAACAUUUAUUUUCUUUUUGUAGGACUUUCACAGCUUGUCAACUAUUCAGUGCAAUAAAAAGUUCUUGUAUUGGCAAACAUGUAAAGUGUGUUUUUCCUGAUUUACUUUUUUUUUCUUUGUUUGGUCGCUAUGUAAAUGAUAUUUAGCCAUUGAAGUAAAAAAAAAAAAAUUGCAUUUACUUUGAAUCGCAUACAUUAUAAUGCCACUGUUGUCCCGUUUUCAGCUUCCCUUGCAUACCCUAUUUGGCUGCUGUUAAGUUCCUGUACCUUUUGGAACAUGCCCUUAUGAAUAAUGUACAGCCCAAUAGAUGCAUUGGCAGGUACUAUAGUCACUGGUCCGUACUGAAACCCUAUAUUUUUUACAUCCAAAGCAAUAGUUUGCAUUUAAAUGU